UCGAUAUUCAACAACAAAUAUGGCGGGUCAUAAAGCAGGUGAUCCCUUGGAAUGCUACAGCAUUCCAUUAGUUUUGAACAAAGAUCCUGAUUUAGAUGAUGAAGGGAACCCAGUCAUAGGACAAGAUGGUAACCCCAGACAUCGCUGUGGAUUUAAGAUUGGAGGAGGUAUUGACCAGGAUAACACAAAAUGUCCCUAUGGAUAUCCUGACAAGGGUAUAUAUGUCACCUACAUUCAUGAGGGUGGGCCCGCUGCCAGGUGUGGACUUCAGGUUCAUGACAAAAUUUUACAGGUGAAUGGCCAUGAUAUGACUGUGGUGACACACAGAAAAGCAGUAGAGUACAUACAAAGGAAGCCUGUUCUAAACAUGUUGGUAUACAGGAAGGGUGUGCCUAACCUUGCACACCAGGAACACAACCAGCAAACCCAGUUCCAGAGUUUCAACCAGCAACAGGACUAUCCCAUCGCCUACCAGUAACACCAAUACCUUCUACUACCCAGCUGACUAAUACUUGUUACUGACCACCACACCUGGAUUUCAACACAUACUAAGGCAGUGUCAAAACAUUAUACAAUAAUUCUCUAAAUACAAAAAAAUGUAUAAUAUUGUCCUCCAUUAAAACAUACAUAUACCUUAAAUAACAAUGACUUCAAUAAAACAUCUGCGUAUAUAUAUCAUAAUAUUUACCUCCAUUAAAACACUCACACAUACAAACAACACUGACCUAGACAAAACCUCUACAUAUUUGGUUAUAACAUUGAUCUCCAUCCAACUUUGACAUAUCAUUGAUAACAUUGACCUCCAUCUGUCUUCAACCAUCAAAACUUGUCUUUCAUCACAUUAAAUUCCUGACAGAGUGGUUCCGGAAAUGUGUUUGUAGUGACCAACACAUAUUCAGUGUUAUAUAACCCGUACUUAUAUGGUAAUUGUAUUAGCUAUGUUUUAUAUACUCCUCAAUGUUGUCUGUGGACCAGAGAUACGCCAGUGAUAAAUUUUUAAAUUUUAAGCACUUAAUUAUUGAAUAAUUAAGAUGUAUAGACAUAUAUCUUCUCUAUUGACCUGCCUUGGACUUAAAGAUGUAUAUAAUUGAUAGGCUAACCAUAGCUUCAGAAUCUAAGGGUGACAUUUCAAUAAGCUAUCUCUUUAGAUCAUACAUGAAUUCAGGCCCUGGACUUUGGAGGAUGACUUUUAUAAAGAUGGUGAGCCAAACUUUUACUAUGUCAUAUAUUUACAUACAUAUUUUUGUCAUUCGAUUCCUAUAGUUUUACACAAAUUGUUGACAUGAAUUGGUAUUGAAUAGAUCAAUGAUCCCUUUCAAAAUUUAAUUCAGCAAAGACUUUUCAAAUUUAUUACAUAGUUACCAGACUAGUAUGUUCUUGCUGUAAUGUAGAAUGCUGGUUAAAUGUUAUAUAAAAUCAAUUUUUUGUUAUUACAAAAACCUUUAUUUUGAUAUUUGUAUAAUGUGAUGAUUAUUGUUGGUUUAAACUUUUGAUGAACAACGAAAUUUCACUUUAUGUCUGAUACAUUGAAACCAAUCUUAAUACUCCCAAGUGUGAUUACAUGUACUUAAUUUCUACUUAAUAUUGGUAUAGGGAUAUCUUAAUGACUCUUAGGCUUGGCAGAAAAACAAUAGGAAAAUUAAAGGGAAGCUGGAUGAAAGUUCAAUCCUCUUUAUAAUGUUUAUGUAGGCAUUUAUAGCUUAUUAUUGUCUUAUAUAGGUAUUUCAUAGUUAUUAUGGAAAUGAAUAGAGAAAUGAUUUGUAGUAUCUUUAUCAGACUGAAUAUCAGUCUGGUGCCAUGUGAUGACAAACAAUGUUUUUGACACAUUUUUCUGGUGAUCAUUAUAUAUUUUUCAUAUCUUAGAAGUAGAGAUCUGUACAUAAUUUGUUUCAAGUGCAAAUUAAAUGACUGUAAAUAAAGACACAUUUAAAGACAUCUUUUGUAGGUCCAUGACCAAUGAUUGGCAUUACAAUCCGAUACCUACCGGUAAAUAACAACAGUUACAUUAAUCCGAAUCUGUCUUUGGUUCAAUCUUGACUAACCUCAAAGUUUAAAGCGAGAAAAUUCCACAUGCUAUCUAAGAAGGAAGCAUAAAACAUGGAGUUAACAGAUUGUUGAUAACAAUGAAAUACUAAUUAUCAAAAAUGUUAUUUGGAAAAUAAUAAUGUACACUGUUGUGCUUAUAACUGUCAUGCUACAUAUUUCCCUGAUGGAAAAAAGCAGUAAAUUCACAAGGAAUUGUGAUAGAUUGUGUACUGUGGCAGGACACAGUGAUCAAGCAUUACAUUGUACAUUUGUAUUACUGUAAUGUCACGUUAACAGUAACUCACAGCUUCAAAUCCAGCCCCAUGUGUCUGUUUAGUUGAUAUCACAUGUAUUUUACAUCAUUACUGUAAUUACUCUAAUUAAUCUGUUUUAUAUUGUCCUUCAGUAACCUUGUCCAGUCAGUACUAAAAGGCUGGUCAAUACUUCUUUCUCAAGGCUUAUUAAUUACCACACAUUUUACUAAUACUAGUUUAAUAACCAGGAAUGAGAGCGAGGUCGGAUGCUCUAGAAGAGAAUGAUGGAAUGUGAAACAACAUGAUAUUUAUAGAUUUUCAAUUUGUUCAUAGGCUUUGUGUCACGUUCUCUUUGUCAGUUGCACAUUUGAUAUAGACUGUGUGUUCCUCAUGUCAACUUUUACCUACUGAUGAAUGCCUUUGACAGUUUGGAUUAUAACGACUUACUGGGUUAAGGAACACUGUAAUUUAUGACAAUAUUUACGAUAGACAACAUCUAUUUACCGCCAUGUUUGUUUAGUCAACAUCAAACGUUGUAGGUUGUGACAUGAUUACAGAGAACUGUUAUAAUGACUUGCUAUACAAAUCUUAUUUUUAUCAUCUACCUGCUAGAUUUGAUUCUGUAUAUUUUUUGAUAAAUCAAAUAUUUAAUGUGAACUUGUUUUGUGUAUUUGUAUACAUAGUUUGCCAAUAUUUUGCCUUUUUCACCUUCAUUCUGAUGUGUAUUCGUGUUUCACACUCGGUACCAGGUGGAGGUACAAGGACAUUUCCAAAAACUAUUACUUGGACAUAGUAUAAAAGUUAUCCCAUUUAUGUCAAAGCCUUUGAGGCUAACCUCAAGCUGGGAAGUUGAUCUAGUACAGUAAAUAGACAGAUCAUCAAGUGCUGUAAGUUGACAUAAUAAAACGGCUGGAGUUAAUUACGUACCUGUAUUUGAUACAAGAGUGACAGGGAGCUUCCACUGUCAGGUUGUAGGAAUCUGUAGGGUAUCGAGUGUUUUAGGGUUUAUUAUUACUAUAAUUUCAUGGUUUUUACAAUAUUGGAGGUUUUAUCAUAACAACUUGUCUAAGAUAACUUAUCACUUUCAUCACAACAGAUGAUUGAUGAGAAAGACCCAGAAUAUCAUAUUUAUCUAUCAAUUAGCUCAUGCCUAGUAAUAAGAUCACUCAUGCCUAUAGCAGUGUGUUAAAAUACUACCAAAUGCUAAUACAAAAUGUAUUCAUUGUCCUGCAAUAAGCCCACCCUCUAUUUUGAGUUGAAUGAUAUUGUUGGCCCCAUUGGUUUACUACAGGAUAAAUACAGUAUUAGAUUAAGGGCAAAUAUCAUCAUCCUUUCACUGAUGACAUGCAAAUUUGUCAAUUCCAAUUAAUCAUUCCAAGCAAUUAGAAACCAUAUUAAUUAUCCUUAAUACUCAGGAUAUGAGUGGUGUAUAGUCUCUGAAGGAAGAAAGAGGAGUUUUUUAUAACUUUAAAUGGGUUUUGUAACAGAAAUAUGACAAAUUUAAUAUUGUUUCAGUUUCAUUCACUUUUUAGGUGACCUGAGCGAAGAUCAGAGACAUUUUCCAAUCUGCCAUCGUCCGUCGUCAUCUGUCAGUCAUUGCAUCGUUAAUGAACAUUUCACAUUUUCGACUUCCUUCUCAAAAACUCCUUAACUAUUUUUGAUGAAAUUUUAUAGAAAUCUUCCUUGCAAUUGGCUAAAUGCCUACCAAAAUUGUAAAUUAUAUGGUCCCUAACCCCCAGGGGCCUGAGUGGCAGGGCCAAAUGGGGUCAAAUUGACUGAUAUUUCAAAAAUCUUCUUUUCAAGACCCAGAUAUACUCUUCAUGGAUGGAAGGUUCUUAAGGUGCUUUAUCAAAAUUGUAAAUUUCAUUGUCCCUAGGUGUCACAUUCCCCCUGGGGAGGGGGUAAAUUUUACGAUACUUUAUAUAGGAAUCUCACAUAUUUUAGCAUAAUUUGUUUCAUUUUCAUUAGAAAUUGGUUACCAGUUGGUCAGAGCUAACUUUUAUCAAUGACAUGUUAUCAGAGAAUAUCAAGGCUAAGGCCUUAUGGCAGUCAAAAGUAGGGUAAAAAUUAAAAAAGAUUAGAGUAAAUUUUUUCGUCUUAUAUGAAAGAACAAGUUUCAUGUUUCUCCCUGAAAAGGUGCGAAAUUUUACAGGGAAAUUCCAUGUUUAUGGAAAUUAUUCAAAACUUUUAAAAUUAUUAGGGCGAAACUAUACUACCAAUACUACCUGUCUUUAUUUGUGAACUGUUUAGAAAUACAUCGUAAAUUACAUAGAAGAUAGUCAUAUGUUAAGUCUCAGGUGACUGUUAAGGACCAUGGGCCUCUUGUUUGAAUGUGUUCAAAUUAAUGAAUACCACAAAUAUGAUAGGAUAGCUAAAACAUCUCUCAUUACUUUGGGAUGUAGACUAUUUUACUGUCAUAGUAAGCACACAUAACAAUGGAGAUAUUACAUAAAAAACAACAAUGGACAGUAUUUGUGUGGGGGAACUUAAUUUCAUUUUUGGAAAAUUCCAUUUUACUCUUUAAAUUCUAUAAAGGUUAACGUCACAAAGCUACCUCUCAUAAAUGAAAGGAAAUUCUUUGGAUAUUUGCUAUGAUAGAAUUACCUGCAAUUCAAUGAUCGCUCUUACACAAGUGAAUUGCGUUACACAAAAUGUUUUUGUUUACCAAGAAAGAAUGGAAAUAUAUUGAUACACAGAAAGGUGUUAUUACACAAAAAUUGUACAAAUAUUGUUAAGAUAAAAGAAUUGUUACUUUGACAACAAAAUUGUGUUCAUGGAAGGUUUGUUCAGAACAGUUUUAUGUAAAUGGAAAGAUUUGUACAUGGAAAUAUGUUAUUAUAUAAUAAGUACACAAAGAUUUCAAUUUCCUAUAAACAUUUAUGUCUAUUUAUGUACACAGUAAGAUAAGAUGUUCAGUUUAAACAAAACUAUUUUUAUCAUGUUAUGUAAUGGAGAGGUGUUAUGUGCACAGAAAAGAUUUCAUGUACAUGGAAAAGAUUAAGUAUUCUAAGUAUUAUUUACAUAAAAAGGUGUCGCCUACAUGGAAAGGUUGUGGUUUAUAUGAACAUGAAAUUGUAUUCCACCAAUAGUAGCUGUGUUAUGUGUACCUAAUGACGGCUGAUGACCUUACUAGCUCAGGUUGGUAGGAAUUUCCCCUUAGCCUACAUGAUGUAUACUAAAGAGCAUGAGGUCACUAGUUCAAGCCUUAUGCGGGCAGGUUAUUAUAACCCACGAAAUGAGUUUGUCCUUGGUUCUUAAGUCUGUCCAUAAACAAUCCUUGUCAAUGCUUUUUCUUGAGAAGUUCCUGUUUUUUGAAACUGAUCAGAACAGAAAUUGGCAGGCAGGUAUCCAUUUUAAUUACAACCUUUGAAGUUUUUUAUUGCUGUUUCUCAGAAUUUACUACAAGAUUUAUUUUGAAACUGAUUGGGAAAAAAAGUUAUGAUAGGCAUCCAUCUUAAUUUAGACAAAUGAAAUAGAUCUUUCUCAAAUUACACACUUAUAUAUUCCCAGUGCUCACUAGUUGUUCAUGAUCAAAUAAGACUAAUUGAAUAUACAAAAUGACUGUCAGGUAGCCAUCUUGGAUGUUGGCAGUUUAAGUUUGUUUCGAAAAAACAAUUUUGAAGGAAAUAUGAAGUUUGAUGUCACUAUUUCUUUCGAAUUCAUUCAUUGAUCUUUCUCAAAUUUCAUAUGUACUUGUAAGUUUCCGUUGGGACCUAGUAGUGCAUGUCUAAUUCUGAAACUGAUCCAAAAUCAAAAUGGCAAGGGGGGUGGCCGCAUCUGGACUUUGGGUCCUUGGAGUUUGUUAUCGCAUUAUCUCUAUCAAUCUUCAGAUUACGAAGAUUUAAUUGUAAGUUAAAUAAGAAAAAAAAUUAAGAAAAGUACAGAAAUUCUCAAACUUCCAAAACCAAUAAACAUUAUACAAUGGUAGGAACCUCUUGGAUCUCUUGUUAUAUUACUCCUUUCUGCCAGGUAGUUAACACGAUGUUAUAUAAUACCAGGUUCCGUAUAUAUAAAGAUCUGUAACUAUUGUGCACAUGUUAUAAAAUGUUGUGGAAAAAUGAUCAAGACACAGGGUUGUGUUAUAAAACACAUUUUCAUAUUGUUAAUGAAAGAUGAACAUAGAUGUUUGAACUAGAUAUUUUAGUUUUAAGAUCAAGUAGACAUACAUAUUCAGAUUAUGUGUUUUUACAAUAAUGUUAGUGCAAUAUUUUGCUUACAAAGUGUAUUGCUGUUGCUUUUAUUGUAUGUAUAGUAAUAUGUAGUAUGAUUGUGAUCAAACCAAUCUAUGUAUAGAUCAGUGUAAUCUACCCAUGGACACUACUUAAUGGGAGGAAAUCUUCUGUUUAUCUGAAGUUCUCUCCUGUGUAUUCUAUUAUGUGGAUCGACAAGGUUGUGUAUCAGCAAUGUGUAUUGCCUUUUGUUCCGUUUGUCUUGUUGUUCUGUUAGUUAAUUUUACCUCAUUGAACUGUUUUUGUAGAUUUUUUAUCAGCAGAAAAACACUUUUCAGCUAUCAUCAAACAAGCCAAUAAUUGCUUGUCAAAUAAGUGAAAAAGAACUUUCAAACAAAAAUCCAAAAUAGAUUAUGAUCACCCAUGCUUUUGUGUAAACUAGAUAAUACAGCUUGUAAGUGUAUGUCUUUUUGUGAUGGAAAAUUUCCUAAUCACAGCUCUAAUUUGUCCAGUAAAACUUGUAUGGCCUUUUAGCAUUAACUUGGUGGAUCAGAAGAUCUUAUCAGUGAUGUUUGUUUCUGAUAAAAUUUAUUAUUUGAAAAAUAAAGAUUAUUAUUUAUGAAUUCAUAAAUUGAAAAUUUAUUGACACCUAACCAUACAUAAAUAAUUAUAGUGAUUUAAUCUGGGUUAAGGUAUUUACUAUUUGUGAGUGUAUUUUCUGUAAGUUCAUUACUGUGAGUUAGUGCAUAUCUAUUAAAUGUAAGCAGACUUGAGGGAGAUAACACACAGUAUAGUUCAUGGUGGACAAAGUGCUUACUACUGUUCGUAUUACACAUGGUACUACUAUACACAACCACAUGGUAUUUAAAUUUUGGUCAUUCGAUAGGGGAGAAAUCAUUCACAAACUUCAGAAUCAGGUCUUGAGAAUUCGGCUGGAAUAUAUGAUGAAAUCAUCCAUUUAUGAGGAAUUAAAUUUAGCGUAAAGGUUAUUUUGAUUGUUGGUACAGGUUUCUUUGACACUUUGUUUAUUGUUUCCUUUUAAACACCAUUGUAUAUUUGAUUACAAUUGUACUUUAAGUUUAGAUAUGCUUUUUUUUUCAAAAAAUGCCGAUGUUGUGAAAAAAAAGAGAAACUUUAAAUGACUUACGAAAUAUUGAAAUUAAAAUUUGAAAUUUGCAUGUACUAUAUUUUAGAUAGUGUUUUUGUUACCUAAGAAACCUAAGAAAGAAAUGCAAUGCAUUGAACUAUUGGUUUUGCUAGUUUAUGUUUUGGUAAUUUAGAGUGGCCUGGUUCUGUAGUCCUGUACAACACUACAUACAUGUUAUAUGUUUCCUCUUUUUUAGCAGUCAGUCUACGAAGUUAAACUUGUUUUGCUGAAUAAAUUUAGUUUUAUUUGA